UUCGGUCCAGAAGGGGCCUUUUGGGCUGAAAUUGCUCAGUUUUGGGCCUGAAAAGUUCAAAUUACCCCGCUUCUUCUGUUCUCCGAGAAAACCCAAGCGAAGAGGGCGACGUCGAGGUCGUCGUCCUCGACGGCUUCGCCGGCCGCGCAAACCGCCGAACACCUCGCCUUCGCGCGACCAAGGCGGCCUCUCGCUGUCGCCUCGCCUCCCUCCCCGACGACUCCGCCGCGUCCCCGUCAAAAAACAGCAUCCACCGCCGCCAUCUCCGCAAUGGUGGCCGCGUCGCCGCUGGCUCCUCCUCGCGAUGGCCCUCCCCUGCGCCUUCCUCUCCGCCGCCGCCGCCGCCAACGCCACCUCCUUCUCGUCGUCGCCGGAAUCCAGGCGAUGCCGUUCAGUACACCGCGUUCCCUCCCGACCAAGGCCUCCCCUCGCGCCGCCGGCCCGUGUGAUGGGCAAGGGUAAUAGCAAGAGGAAGGCGGCGAACACCCGGCUGUGGAUGCGGCUGGAUCGGCGGGGCGGGUGCGAGAUGAUCCUGUGCGAUAAGUCCUUCGUCGCCCGCCGCUCCGGCUUGCCGGCGCGCGACCUCCGCGUCCUCAGCCCCCUCCUCUCCCGCUCCCCCAGCAUCCUCGCGAGGGAGAAGGCUAUGGUAAUCAAUCUGGAAUUUGUUAGAGCAAUCGUAACUGCUGAUGAGGUGCUGGUGCUGGAACCUCUUGCUCAAGAGGUUCUCCCUUUCGUUGAGAAAUUAAGGAAGCAUUUCCCACUGAAAAGUCUGGAUGUUGAUGAUGUCUCUACCCAUAUGCAUACGGAAAACCAAGAUGGCGAACUUGCUCAAGAUGUUUCCUGUUAUGAGGUAGAAGGGGCCAACCAUGAGCUUCCAUUUGAGUUUCAGGUUUUGGAUUUCGCCCUAGAAGCAGUGUGCUUGUCGUACAACUCCACCAUAUCUGACCUUAACAGGAGUGCCAUUGCUGUGCUGGAUGAUCUGAUGAAGAGUGUCAGCACUAGGAAUCUUGAGCGCGUCUGGAGCCUGAAAAGCAGCCUCACUCGCUUGCUUGCAAGUGUGCAGAAGGUCAGAGAUGAAGUAGAGCAUAUUUUGGAUGAUAAUGAAGCUAUGGCACAUCUGUGUACAGCAAGGAAAACAAAAGGACAGAAGGAUUUAUUGAACACCAUUUUAUUUCCAGAAACAAGACUCUGUAGAACACACUCUAGUAUUGAGAACAGUACUGGCAUUCGUACAUGUGUUCCUUCGGAUAGCGAUGCUCAUAUCUUAGAUAUGUUAUUGGAAGCCUAUUUCAAGCAGCUUGAUGGGAUUCGCAACAGAAUUUUCUUGGUUCGGCAGUAUAUUGUUGACACAGAAGAUUAUAUCAGCAUCCAACUUGACAACAAACGGAAUGAACUCCUAGGGCUCCAGCUUACCCUGAUCAUCGCAUCCUUUGGCAUAGCCAUCAACACCUUCAUAGCUGCGGCUUUUGCGAUGAACAUCCCUCACCGUGGGUAUCAUUUCGUUAUUGGAGUACCCUUUGGACAAUUUGUUGGAGCCACCUCAUUUUUAUGCAUGUCGAUUGUCAUACUGUUGUUCACAUAUGCCUGGAGGAACAGGUUGCUCUGCACUUGAGCUAGCACAACCUCAGAGUAAUCAACAAGAGCCUCACCUCUCACCUGUGACACUGAUUAGUAUUCUUCUUCAGGAUGCCUUAGAAUUCCUGUUCUAUUUGUGCUUCAGAAGUUCAGAAUACCUCACCAACUGCUUCUCAAUGUGGAAACGUGCAAUCCAUGAGUUAUAUAUAUUUCCUAAUUUCCGACAAUGUAAAACAAGUUGCACUUACUCUUAUUUCAUGUGAAGGGGAAUCAUUGUUAUUUAUA